CCGAAACCAUUCACUUUUUCUUACAACAUUAAGAUUUUGAUGUUACAUAUCCGAGAAAUGGCUCUUACACAACCAAAAGAAAAAUAAAACAUGGCCAAUACAAUGUCGAACCACAACGCCCCACAGCCGCCGAGAUCACUAAUGAAGCAGCACUCGUGGUCACCAGACAUGAACCGCGAGGAGGCUUGGCUUCGUAAGAAAAAGAAACGGCCAUCAGGAGAUCUCUUUUGUCGCAGCAAGAGCGUUACGAACGACGAUAUCGAGGAGCUUAAAGGCUGCUUCGAGCUUGGGUUUGGGUUUGAGACAGAAUCACCUGAUUUGAAUCCAAGGCUCUCCCAAACAAUACCCGCUCUCGAUUUGUAUUGCGCCGUUCAUAGACAGUACAGCAACCAUUUGUCUCGUACGUCUUCAUUCGCGUCGGAACAUGAAGUCAGCAACUCCAACAGCACCACGACAAUCGUCGACAAAGGUGAUGACCGGAAGACGAUGAAGCAGAAGCUUAAACAAUGGGCUAAGGUGGUAGGGUUUUCGGUGCGGCACUCCUCCGGGAAAACAAAUUGAUGUCAGAAGAAUGACAGUUUUUGUAAUAUAAUGUUAAACAAAAAACUCUAAAAUGUUUCGUAUUUGAAUGAUAGUGGCUUAGACACUUUCUUCUCCAAGUUCAUUGUGAACCAAUUUUUUAACAAAAUUAUCGAUUGUUGUUUUUGUUA